CAAAUACUGCGGUGUUUACCGUAUUGGAUGGCUAAUAUCGACUGGAAGUUAUAAAGUGGUAGACGGAACACCGCAAUUUAAGGAUGAUGUUAAGAGAAGAUCCCACGUGCCUGCACCCCCGCGCCGACCAAGACACAUCUUUAUCAAUGAUCCCUGCAAAGUGAAGCUCCGCGGCACUGUGGAGAGAGGGCAGAUUAUUAGGACAACUGAUAUGAUGGUGGAGUUCUACGGUAGCAAAUAUGUGGCUAAGGUUUUUUCGGCCGCAUCAGUAGUCAGGGUUAGUGGAAGCAGAAAUGACUUCGAACCCAUUACCGACUCGAAAUAUUACAGGAGAGUCCCUGAUCUGGAGAAGGCGGAAAUAACCUGCCUGAGAGAGUGGUGGGCCUCUCACCACCAUGAACUUUUGUCAUGGGUGCAACAGAGGGACCCCUCUCAACAGGUGGCCCAACCACCAAGGGUGCAGGACAGUGCCAGGGUGCAGGACACUGUCAGGGUGCAGGACACUGUCAGGGUGCAGGACAGUGCCAGGGUGCAGGACAGUGCCAGGUUGCAGGGUGGCCGUGAUCAUCCCACCAAAAGAAUUAAUCCAUCACCCAGUGGGUCGACUACACCUGCUAAACGUAAGUGUUGAAUUUUUCACGUUUUAUUUUUUGUUUUCGUCAUUAAUUGGUCUUAUUUUCCUC